AUGGCUCCAGCAGGGAAGCGAAAGAGGAAUGAUAGAAAUUCCGUUGACCAGGGUGAGCCUCGACCUUCACCUCAUCGACCGGGAAAUACUUCUUUAGGUCAGCACGAAAGAGAUUCUGGUAUGCGCGAGGGCGGUAACAGAAGGAGUAGCAGGGGAGGCCAAGGUAAUCAGGGUGGAGGUGGAGGCGGAGGUAGAGGGCGCAGAAUUGACAGUCGCAAUUUGAAUAAUUCGAGCAGUGCGAGCAAUCCUAGUAACCUCUCGAUAGCUACCAGAGCCACCCCAACACCAGGACCUAUGUCACCACCUCCCAGACCUUCGAGCGCUACCCAAACUCCAGCGCAAACUCCAACUCCAAUGUCCACGAACGAUAUGGUCAGUCCCAGCUGGAACUCAGACCCUGCUCCCUUCGAUUACGUUUUCCUAACCGACGAUCAAAUGUAUUCAUGGAACACAACUGGCCGACAAGAGGUGAUAGAAAAGGGCAUUCAAGCUCGCCAGGAUGAAGACACCAUGGAUUUAGCCACGGUAUUUCAAGAAUUUAUUCGAGCUACUCUCGAUGGCCGCAUCGAUGCCGCGGAUGCGGGCAGUUGCAUCAAAGAAAUAUUGGGGCAAGAUACUUCCCCGGCGGAUAAUGUCCCAGGCACCCUGGAACCGCAAGCUCUGUUUCUUGAUUGUCUAUCCAUGAUGUUCGAGUUAGAAGAUCUGAAAUCACCGAAUGCGGCACUUCGCACAUUUGUUUUCUCCACAGGUAUAUCGCCAAUGGUUAUGCGACAGAAGUUGGACGCUACUCUUCUUUUGAACCUCGGGCUUACAAGAGAUACCUUUACACGCAUGGGAAUUCGACAAGCUACUCAUCUCCUUUAUCGACAGGCAAACUACAAUCUUUUGAGGGAGGAAACUGAAGGAUACUCGAAACUGGUUACUGAGCUUUUUACUACCAGUGGAAGUGAACCACCUUCUAGUGAGGUUGUCGAGGAGGCCUUUGAAAAGGUGAAAGGUCUCAUUGGAACAUUUGAUCUGGAUGUGGGAAGAGUGCUGGAUAUUACGUUGGAUGUGUUCGCGGCGGUACUAAUUAAGCAAUUCCGUUUCUUUAUUAAGCUUCUUCGGGCCAGUUCUUGGUGGCCGAGAAGCGGCGAAUUUGAUAAGAUACCUCGAUGCGGGGGUCUUCCACCAUGGGCUUUACCGAGCGCCCCCGGUUGGACCUCCACCGAUGAAGAGGAAGAAUUAUGCAAGAGGCAGCAACUAGAGCGCGACAAAUUGUUCUGGAAAAGGGCUCGUGAAGUCGGGGUUGAAGCCUUCUUUGAGCUUGGAGGUAGGCAGCCUGUGGAUGAAGACACGAAACAACGACUUAUCAAAGAGGAUGAUGCAAAACUCGAUGCAGAUUAUCAAUGGAUUAAAGCCACAGGAACGUAUCCACCUUGCGGAAAUCGAACGGCAGCUCAGUUGCUUGGGUUCAAAUUACGUUUUUACACUUCCGCGGCUCGAGAUAACGAGGAUGUACUACCUGCAAAUCUGAUAUACCUGACAGCAUUAUUGAUCAAGAUUGGAUUUAUCUCACUCAAAGAUCUCUACCCUCAUUUGUGGCCUCUGGAUGAGGAUAUGGAAGCUGUUCGUGAUGCUAAGAUGAAAGAGAUAGAGGAGAAGGAAAAGGCCAGUCGUGGAGGCACAAUGAAUGCAUUGAUGAUGGCCGGCGCUCUGGUAGAUGACACUCUACCAAAUGGGGGACGGACUCGCGAAACAACAACUACCAAGACUGAUGCUUCUGGGAAACAAACAGCAGAGCUUGACGACAAAGACAAACUGAAUGAACCUUCAGACCAGAAAGUACAACUUCUCACUUGCCUUCUGACAAUAGGAGCAAUUCCUGAAGCUCUGUUUAUACUCGGCCGCUUUCCUUGGCUACCGGAGGCUUAUCCUGAGCUUCUUGAUUUGAUACAUCGUAUCUUAAAUCACUCCAUCCAGCAUGUUUUUGAUAUGAGUCGACCAUCCACUUCAGCGGCACCCGACUGCCCGGCGAAGAAAGUCCUAGAUCCCGACCAAACUGGUAUGCCGAAAGGCUCAAUACGUUUGCUCGCUCUACCUCCUCGAAAACAACUGCGAUGGCCUUUUCCAGAUAAGUUUGACACGAACGAGAACAACGCGUACAGGUUCUACUGGGAUGAGUGGGCAGAUAAUGUACCUGUGUGUCAGACCGUAGAUGACGUAUUCACUCUCUGUGGAUCUUUGCUUAACUAUUCUGGUGUUAAUAUUGGUAGAGAUGCCACUUUACUGUCAAAGUUGGCUAGGAUUGGCACUCAAAGUCUUGCAGAAGAUCGCUCAACACAAAAUUUUGACCGAUGGCAAGACCUUCUCAAGCGCCUCCUUGUUCCAGCAUUGAGUUUGACCAAAGCAAACACAAGCGUGGUCAAUGAGGUGUACGGUAUGCUUCGCUUUUAUCCUCUAUCCAUCCGAUAUUCCAUCUAUGCAGAAUGGUUUGAGGGACAAAUUUCUCGCUUGCCACCAAUGAGAGCCGCAUUUGCCAAGACCAAAUCCGAGACUAUCAGCACUAUGAAGAGGAUCAGUAUGACUAAUCUCACUGUUAUGGCACGUAAUCUAGCGAAGAUUGCGUAUGCAUCGCCAGGCAUAGUUUUUAGUGUGGCCUUGGGGCAGAUUGAAGCAUACACCAAUUUGACUGAAGUCGUUGUCGAAUGCGGCAAGUACUUCACCGAUUUAGGAUACGAUGUUCUGGUAUGGUCAUUAUUGAGUUCAUUGGGAGGAAAAGACAGGAAUCGAAACGAUGCAGAAUUUGCGCUUCUUCCAAGUAGAUGGCUUCUAGCAUUGUCAAGAUUCGCUGGCAAGGUCUUUAAGCGAUAUUCUAUUAUGAAUUUGAUCCCUCUAAUUCAGUACGUUAAUGAUCAACUACAUCGAGGCAACUCUACCGACUUGGUCAUUCUUAAGGAGCUCAUCGCUCAAAUGUCUGGAAUUGUACCCGAUACCGAUUUCACCGACGCUCAGCUGGCUGCCAUGACCGGAGGCGAGCUCCUAAGGCGCCAGACGUUAAUCAACCUUCAAGACAAACGUUACGAAUCAAUAAAGACAGCAAAGCGACUGAUGAGAGCUUUGACUGAUACCAAGUUAGGUGGUCAACUUUUGCUAUCCAUCGCACAGCACAGACAAUCGGCGAUCUAUACUGUUUCGGAUGAGGAAGCUCCUAUCAAAUUAUUAGCUACGAUGGUUGAUGAUACUCAGAUGAUUCUAUUUCAGUUUCUCGAUCUUCUUCGUAGCAACCUCUCAAUUGAAGAAUUCGAUGAUCUCGUUCCAGGAAUUUCUGAACUCAUGAAAGAUUUCGGCUUAGACCCAACACUUGCUUUCAUGAUCGGACGUCCAAGUAUUUCGCAUCGUAUUUCCAAGUUACUAUCAAGACCCUCAUCAUCAUCGUCGGCGGAGGCUACAGCUGUAGUGAUUGAUGCAGAAGGUGAUGUUGGUAUGAAUAGCGAUAGACAAAAUUCGGCGGCCAAGGAGUCGAUUGCAGUGGACGGCACAUCCGCCCCGAAGGAAGAUGUUCAGAUGUCAGAUGUCGACGGAGGAGAUUCACCCCCGGUAGCAGCACCACUUGAGACGACGGAUCCACUUCAUGAUCUCCUGCUACCAUACAUUAAUACCGUUGAACAAGUCCUACCAGAAGGGUCUUGGGCGUUUCUUACUUCGGAAUUUUAUGUUGUGUUUUGGAGUUCUACUCUAAGCGAUCUGGCUAUUCCCAGCCACAGCUAUGAAGCUGAAAUUUCUCACCUUCUCAAGGAACAAGGAGAUGUAAUGAAGGAUCGCUCAGACAUGAGUAGAGCUGGAAUGGCAAGAAAGGAAGAGACUAAGAAAGCAUUAGCCACAACGAGAGAAAAUUUACUAGCAGAAUUUGGCAAGCAAGUAGGUGCCUUUUCUGGAAAGAAAAGUCGUCUUCUAAGACGCAAGAAUUUAUGGUUCAGUAAUGUCAAGGGCGACCUCGUUAGUGACUCAUUUCUUGAGCGAUGCCUACUUCCACGAUUACUACUUUCUCCUAGCGAUGCAGAUUUCUCCUUCCGGAUGAUCAAGUUCUUACAUGACAAUGGCACACCUAACUUCCGGACUCUUUCACUUUACGGCAGACUUUUUCGGACAAAUCGUUUACGUUCAAUGAUAUUUACAUGUACGGUUCGCGAGGCAGAGAAUCUAGGUCGUUUCCUGAGAUUGGUCUUGACAGAUUUGGCCCGCUGGCACGCCGAUCAAGCAGUAUAUGAAAAAGAAGCUUGGGGGCCAAGCAAAAAUCUCCCAGGCUUUGCGAAGGCUAUUGAUGCAGACGGAUCUGUAAAGGGGUUAUUGCAGCAUGAUGGUAAUCCUGGCUUCAAAAAUAUCUUGUAUUCGUGGCACCAAAAGUUGAAUGGGGCACUUCGUGAUUGUCUUGAAGGAACAGAAUGGAUGCACAUUCGCAACGCUACGACCAUUCUUAAGUCCGUUGUCGAUGUAUUCCCAGCGAUUAACUUCAUGGGCAACAACUUCGUUAAGCAGCUCGAGACAAUUGCUGCUCGAGAAAAGGGGGUGCGUGAGGAUCUUUCUCUCGCUGGUAACGCCAUAUUGGUACAAUUGAAGAAAAAGUCCAAGUCAUGGGUGAUGGUUCAAGCAUUUGGUCAUAGCCUAGAGGCCCCUGUGCAAGCUAACAACAGUCCCUCUUCGCAUGCUUCUAGUCAAGGUACUGCUACAAAAACAACCCUGAAGGCCACAGCUCCGGAAUUCAAACCACAAUCUCGAGCUAACUCUAUGGGAGUCUCUACACCCAAAAAUCCCACAACUGAAGUCGAAGACGGCGAAGUUGACGAUGCAAAACUGGCUUCCGCAGCCGAGAAAGGUAACAUUUUGAAGGAUGCACCCCUUGAUAGUACUGGUACCAAAGAUAGGACUUCUUCGGCACCUAAUGAAGGGAAGAAAUCCGAGAUUUUAUUAAGACGCGAGAGAAUCUUGCGCGAAAAUGCAGCCAGGGCAUCAACGCCAAAUUCCACGCCAGCAAGCAUUCCACCACGACCUGAUUUGCAAAGAAAUAUGCCAGCAAAUCAUAGUCUACCUAAUAGACCCGAUGCUCCAAUACCUGGUCGCCAAAUGAUGGAUCGCCAUCCUGCUAGGAAUGAGGAUAGGCGAGAUAUACGAGAUCCUAGAGUUACAGAGUUGGUUCGCGAUAGAACUAGGGAUCGUGGACGUGAAUUUUCCCCGGCUGACAGAAGGGCUAUGGACACUCAGCCAAGAGAUUUCAGAAAUAAUGAUCGCGUACCAAACAAUGAACGUGACCGUCCUCGAACAGAUUCGAAUCCGAGAUGGAAUGCUGAAUCAGGUAGAGAUGGCACAGAUCGGGCUCCGUCCAAUGGAUACCGUACCCCUGAUAGUGGUGGUCGUUUAUCUCGUGAAACAGCCAUGCCUUCACCCAAGGCAUCUAUCACAUCGGAUCGCGGGCUAGGUCCUGCAAUCAAUCCUGAACGAUUGGCACUGGUUAACUCGGAGAGACAGGAAUUGAUUAAUCCUGAACGAGCCGCUCUGAUAUCUGGUGGAAAUGAGCCAUCUCGCUCCGAUUCACCUCGUCGUCCUAGAGAUGAUGCUAGAGAACGCUCAUCAAGACACAACACACCACCUCCAAGACGCCAUGAUUCCGAGAAAGACCAUCAACAUCCAAGACGUGAUGAUAGGUCGAAUCGGAGCGCACCCAUUGAUUCCCAAAAUGCCCCAAGAGGUCGUGCUGAUGAAGUUGCACCACCACCAGCCGGCCCAAGAGGAGAAAGGCCGGGAGUACCUCCACCAGAAAGAUCAAGAGAUACCUCCUCGUUUCAACAAUCACAACCUCCACCGCGUCCCAUGGAUCCCGACCAUGGCAGACUUAAUAGGACACAAGUGGAUCCCAACUUUGGUCGCUUGAAUCAGCAACCGGACAUUCCAUCUGGGCCUCGUGACAGGAACCGCGGCAAUAACCGAAUGGCGAAUGCCCCGCAAGGACGACGUGAUGGCAGGUCGGCGAAUGCUCCUGUAGUAGACAUCCCCCGACCACCCAGUCCAGACAAGCAACCUCCGACAGGUCCUUCUGGUGGUCGGCAUCCGCGACGGUUAGACCGAGGGCAGAUUGAACCAACGGUAUCUUCACACACUGUGCUAUCAACUGCGCCGGUUGUACCAACCCCAACAUCUGGAGUGCAUCCGGAUCGAUUGAAACAUUUGGGUCCACAAGCUUCUCAGCCACCUGUACAAGCACCAGCAGUGGCUAGUGUAACCCCCAGUGGGAUGCACCCAGAUAGAAUAAGGAGUUUUGGCGGACAAGCAGCAGCAGCAAAUAUCCCACCGUCUCACCAAGAUAACGCACGUUCAAGACCUACCGCACCACCUCUCCAAACACAAGUUGCUCCUCUUGGCCCCAAGUCUCAGGCUCAAAAUAGCCCUGUUUCUCGAAUGAGUGGAGCACCAACUGGACCUGCAUCAUCGAACGAGCGUGCUCCACGUGGUGGUAGACAGCCAAAUUUGAUUAACAAUAUCAAUCGAAUGCUUGAAGAAACCAAGCAUCCACAGGGGCAGGAACGCCGUGGAAGACGUCAAGGAGGUCAACCACAAACUCCAAUUUCUGGUCCUCCUACACCAAUUCUACCACCACCGCCACCACCGCCGCCCGGUCCACCCCCUGUGCAAGCCAGAGAUUCUGGAAGAGACCUCAUAAAUCCUGCUCGUGCUGAUUUGAUUGGUAACACGGCUCCGAGCAAUGAUGACCGCGGUCGCAGUGAUCGAGAACGUGGUUCGAGAAAUGAUCGAUCUAUCCGAAGUCGCCGCAGUUCACCCAGCGAUCGCAAUAGAGACCAAAAACGUGUUGGUCCUCCAGAAGAUGAACGCCCAUCCAGGGGUGAACAUAGGAGCCGCGGAGGUGAUAGAGAGUCGAGAGAUUCUGAUAGACAUUCAAGAGGAGAACCUCCUGCAAGCAGAGACUUACUAGCUGCCGGUGGAAGGGGAGAUAGAGAGCAUCGCGAUAGAGAUGCUAGUCGUCGGGAUACGCAUGGAGGAGAUCGCGAAUCUCAACGUGAUCAGCAUGUUGGUAGUACCGGUAGUGGUGGUAACUGGCCCAAUGGCCCUGAUAAUAGAGGAGGCGAUAGGGGAGGAGAUAGACGGAAUCAACGAUCGGAAAGAUCUGAUAGAGGUGACCGCGAUGGACGGGGUAUGCGAGAUGAUGGCAGUGGCAGUGCCAGGAAGAGACGAAGCGAUGCAGAUGGUUUGAGAGAAGGUGGUCAUGAUAAAAGACCCAGGAGAUAG